UGUGUCUAUGCAAAGGGUGUAAGUGGCAGAAGGAGAAACUGCGACGUUGUGUGCAUCCUACAGCUAAGGAGAAAAAUAAAUCAAUAAAAUAAUCCGGAUACACUUUCACUACUUAUUAGAAACAGGGAUAUUACAAACUGUUUUAAGUGUUGAUGAAAAGGAGCCAAUACAACGUGGGGACAUCUUAGAUUGAAUUAGCUCAGUGUUUGUUUGAAAAAGGGAACAGGUCAAGUUGUAAGGCACCAGAGGAGGCGAAAAUCGGCAUACAAGUGUCCACAAUCCUCUCUAGCUGCUGUAAUCAACAAUAUGUCCGGCAGCGAGGACGAUUUUGAACAUCGGUCUAUGAUGCAAGACGAGGAUGACCUGGACGAGGAGUUGUCAGAAAAUGAUGCCCCAAAGGUGAAAAAGAAGAAAAAAGCCAAAAAAAGCCGCGAGAGCAAAGGCAGCAAGAGAAAUCGCUCACGGAGAGAGGAUAUCGCCAUCAGUUCUCCAGAGCCAGUGGAAGGCCCUGAUUUGGACGAUGGUGAAGAAGACCAUUCAGAUAGCGAGGGUAGCGAUUACACACCUGGCAGGAAAAAGAAGAAAAGAGCCAGCACCACAAAGGACAAGAAAAGAAGCAGCUCUGGUGCCGACAGAAUCUCAGCAGCUUCCAAACGGAGGGAACCUGAGGAAGAGGAAGAUGAGGAUGAUGACGAUGCUGAGCCAAAAAGUUCCUCUCAGCUUUUGGAUACCUGGGGUAUGGAGGACAUCGAUCAUGUCUUCACUGAGGAAGACUAUAGGACUCUGACCAACUACAAAGCCUUCAGCCAAUUCGUCAGGCCUCUGAUCGCCGCCAAGAACCCCAAAAUUGCCGUUUCCAAAAUGAUGAUGGUUCUGGGAGCGAAGUGGAGGGAGUUCAGCACUAACAACCCUCUUCGGGGUUCGGCUGCUGCCACCACAGCCCUGGCAGCCGCUAGUGCCUCUGUAUCAGUUGAAGCUGCAGAAGAAAGUCCAGUCACAGCCAAAAUCAGUGCCGAGUCCACACCAGCAGCUCCCAUACGCAAGGCCAAGACAAAAGAGGGCAAGGGGCCGAAUGCACGCAAGAAGUCCAAACCAGCACCCAAACCUCAAGAGAAGAAGGUGAAGACCAAAAAGGUUGCUCCUCUGAAGAUCAAACUAGGAGGCUUCAGCAGCAAGAGGAAACGCUCAUCUAGUGAAGAGGAUGAUGUUGACGUGGACAGUGACUUUGAUGAUGGCAGUAUGAACAGUGUGUCUGUUUCCAAUGGAUCAAAUAGCCGCAGUAGUCGCAGCAGCACUAAAAAGAAGCCCAAAAAGAAGACAAAAAAAGGUGAUGAUGAUGGUGAUGGAUACGAGACGGAUCAUCAGGAUUACUGUGAGGUCUGUCAGCAGGGAGGAGAGAUCAUUCUCUGUGACACCUGUCCACGAGCUUAUCACAUGGUCUGCUUGGACCCUGAUAUGGAGAAGGCACCAGAGGGCACCUGGAGCUGCCCACACUGUGAGAAGAUGGGCAUCCAGUGGGAGGCUCGUGAGGAUGCAUCUGACGGUGAGGAGGAUAACGAGGUGGUUGGUGAGGCAGAAGAGGACGACCAUCACAUGGAGUUCUGCAGGGUGUGUAAGGACGGUGGAGAGCUGCUGUGCUGUGACUCCUGCCCUUCGUCAUACCACAUCCACUGCCUUAACCCACCCCUGCCCGAGAUUCCCAACGGAGAAUGGAUCUGCCCUCGCUGCACCUGCCCUACUAUGAAAGGUAAGGUGCAGAAGAUUCUGACCUGGCGCUGGAGUGAACCUCCUCCUCCGACCCCUGUGCCUCGGCCCAGUGACCUCCCCGCUGAUGCUCCUAACCCCAUGCCAUUAGCUGGUCGCCCUGAGAGGGAGUUCUUCGUUAAAUGGCAUAAUAUGUCCUACUGGCACUGCUCCUGGGUUUCUGAGCUGCAGCUGGAGAUGCACUGUCAGGUAAUGUUCAGAAACUACCAGCGCAAGAAUGACAUGGACGAACCCCAACCCGUAGACUUUGGUGUUGAGGGAGACGAGGACAAGAGCGAAAAGAGGAAGAAAAAAGACCCCACCUAUGCUCGGAUGGAGGAGAAGUACUACCGCUUCGGCAUCAAGAUGGAGUGGAUGAUGAUUCACCGUAUCCUGAACCAUAGUGUGGAUAAGAAGAAUAACUGUCACUACCUCAUCAAGUGGAGGGAUUUAACUUAUGAUCAGGCCACCUGGGAGGCAGAUGAUAUGGAUCUACCAGAGUUUGACACCUACAAACUGCAGUACUGGAACCACAGGGAGUUGAUGAUGGGUGAUGAAGGUAAACCAGGAAAGAAAAUUAAAGUCAAAGGAAAGGUGCGAAAACUGGACCGACCUCCAGAGAACCCUGUCGUGGAUCCCACUAUUAAGUUUGAGCGGCAGCCAGAUUACCUGGACGCUACAGGCGGGACCUUGCAUCCAUACCAGAUGGAGGGGCUCAACUGGCUCCGCUUCUCCUGGGCUCAGGGAACCGACACCAUCCUGGCAGACGAGAUGGGUCUGGGAAAGACCGUGCAGACCGCUGUUUUCCUCUAUUCACUGUAUAAAGAGGGUCAUUCGAAGGGUCCGUUCCUCGUGAGUGCCCCCCUGUCCACCAUCAUUAACUGGGAGCGAGAGUUUGAAAUGUGGGCUCCGGGUAUGUAUGUCGUCACAUACGUCGGUGAUAAGGACAGCAGGGCUGUCAUCAGAGAAAACGAGUUCUCCUUUGAGAACAAUGCCAUCCGCGGUGGCAAGAAACCCUCUAGGAUGAAGAAAGAAGCCUCCGUGAAGUUCCAUGUUCUCUUGACCUCCUAUGAGUUGAUCACUAUUGACACGGCUGUUCUGGGCUCCAUCGACUGGGCUUGUUUGGUAGUUGAUGAGGCCCACAGACUGAAGAAUAAUCAGUCAAAGUUUUUCAGGGUGCUCAACAACUACCCACUGCAGCACAAGUUGUUGUUGACUGGAACUCCUCUACAGAACAACUUAGAAGAGCUUUUCCAUCUGCUCAACUUCCUCACACCAGAGAGAUUCAGUAAUCUUGAGGGUUUCUUGGAGGAAUUUGCCGACAUUGCUAAGGAGGACCAAAUCAAAAAGCUUCACGACAUGCUGGGACCACACAUGCUCAGGAGACUCAAAGCCGACGUGUUCAAGCACAUGCCUUCCAAAACAGAGCUCAUCCUCCGAGUCGAGCUCAGCCCCAUGCAGAAGAAAUAUUACAAGUUCAUCCUGACCCGCAAUUUUGAGGCUCUGAAUACUCGUAGUGGAGGAAACCAGGUUUCUCUACUGAACGUCGUCAUGGAUCUCAAGAAGUGCUGUAAUCAUCCCUAUCUUUUCCCCGUUGCUGCUAUGGAAGCUGCCAAGAUACCCAAUGGGAUGUAUGAGGGCAGCACCCUGACUAAAGCCUCUGGCAAACUGCUGCUACUGCAGAAGAUGCUGCGUAAACUCAAGGAGGGCGGACACAGAGUGCUCAUUUUCUCUCAGAUGACCAAAAUGUUGGACCUGCUGGAAGACUUCCUGGAGAAUGAGGGCUACAAAUAUGAGCGUAUUGAUGGAAGCAUCACAGGGGGCAUGAGACAGGAAGCCAUCGACCGUUUCAAUGCUCCUGGUGCUCCCCAGUUUGUUUUCCUGCUGUCGACCAGAGCCGGUGGUUUGGGUAUCAACCUGGCGACUGCAGACACGGUCGUCAUCUACGACUCAGACUGGAACCCUCACAAUGACAUUCAGGCCUUUAGCAGAGCUCACAGGAUUGGUCAAAAUAAAAAGGUGAUGAUCUACCGCUUCGUGACCAAAGCCUCUGUUGAAGAGAGAAUUACUCAGGUGGCCAAGAAGAAGAUGAUGUUGACUCACUUGGUUGUGCGUCCUGGAUUGGGCUCAAAGACCGGUUCGAUGUCCAAACAGGAGCUGGAUGACAUUCUCAAGUUUGGUACAGAGGAGCUCUUCAAAGAUGAGGGAGAAGGAGAGAAUAAAGAAGAGGACAGCAGUGUGAUUCACUAUGAUGACAAAGCCAUCGACCGGCUGCUGGAUCGUAACCAGGAUGCCACAGAUGACACCGAGCUCCAGAGCAUGAACGAAUAUCUCAGCUCCUUCAAAGUGGCUCAGUAUGUGGUCAAGGAUGAGGAGGAAGCGGAAGAGGAAGUUCAGAGGGAAAUCAUCAAGCAGGAGGAAAGUGUGGAUCCAGAUUACUGGGAGAAACUGCUCAGACACCAUUACGAGCAGCAGCAGGAGGAUUUGGCUCGUAAUCUGGGCAAGGGCAAGCGAAUCCGCAAACAGGUUAACUACAAUGACGGCUCUCAGGAGGACAGAGACUGGCAGGAUGAUCAAUCUGAUGGCCAAUCAGAUUAUUCUGUGGCUUCAGAGGAAGGAGACGAGGACUUUGACGAACGAACAGAAGCCAAUUCACGACGACCCAACAGGAAAGGCCUUCGAAAUGACAAAGACAAACCCCUGCCCCCCCUGCUGGCCAGAGUGAGCGGCAACAUUGAGGUGUUGGGUUUCAAUGCUCGUCAGCGGAAGGCCUUCCUGAACGCAGUGAUGCGUUAUGGGAUGCCGCCUCAGGAUGCCUUCACAACCCAGUGGCUGGUCAGAGACUUGCGUGGCAAAUCAGAGAGGGAGUUCAAGGCUUAUGUCUCACUCUUUAUGCGGCACUUGUGUGAGCCCGGUGCAGAUGGAGCUGAAAGCUUUGCUGAUGGCGUUCCCCGGGAGGGACUGUCACGGCAGCACGUCCUCACCCGGAUUGGUGUGAUGUCGUUGAUCAGAAAGAAGGUACAAGAGUUCGAGCAUGUGAACGGUCAGUGGUCAAUGCCCUGGAUGAUGGAGCUGACCGAGAAUAAAACUGCAUCCACUGCCGGCAGUCAGCCCGACUCACCCAGCAAAACGCCCUCUACUGGCACUCCAGCAGACACUCAGCCCAACACACCUGCUCCAGAUGUUGUUUCCAAAGCAGAAGAUGGUGGAAAAGAUGGCGAUAAAGAAAAGGCUAAAAAUGGAGACGGUGAGAAGGACACAACUGAGAAUAAAGACAAUGAAGUCAUUGCCAUCCCUGAUGAAGAUGACGAAGCUUCUUCUGCUUCUGAAGACAAAGGCAAAGACAGCGAAGAGAAAGACAAAAUGCCUGAAACCUCUAUAGACGGAGACAAGGCUGAUGGGAAGCAAGAUGAGAAAGAGGAAGAGAAAGCGAAAUCUGAAGACGCUGAUGAGAAGACCAGCGACAGCAAGCCCAAAGAAUCUGAGGCUGAGAAGGAAACAGACACCAAAGGAGAAAAGAAGGACGAUGAACCUGAGAAGAUGGACACUACCCCUGUUACAGAUGAGAAGAAAGGUCAGAAGGACGAGAAGGAUCCUGGUAAGACGGAGGAAGCAGGAAAACUGCAGAAUGGAGAGAGUGCCAAAGACAGUACAGCAGGAGCAGCAGCAGCUGAAGAGAGGAAGAAAGCCAAAACACGGUUCAUGUUCAACAUCGCAGAUGGAGGAUUUACCGAAUUACACUCCCUGUGGCAGAAUGAGGAGCGAGCCGCUACAGUCACCAAGAAGACCAAUGAGAUCUGGCAUCGCCGCCACGACUACUGGCUACUCACUGGCAUCAUACAACACGGUUACGCUCGUUGGCAAGAUAUUCAGAAUGACGUCCGGUUCGCCAUUCUCAACGAACCCUUCAAGGGAGAGAUCAACAGAGGAAACUUCCUGGAGAUCAAGAACAAGUUUCUGGCCAGGAGAUUCAAGCUGCUUGAGCAGGCUCUGGUGAUUGAAGAGCAGCUGCGCAGGGCUGCGUAUCUGAACAUGACUGAAGACCCCUCUCACCCCUCCAUGGCUCUCAACACACGCUUCAGUGAAGUGGAGUGUCUGGCCGAGUCCCACCAGCACUUGAGCAAGGAAUCCAUAUCCGGAAACAAACCUGCCAAUGCCGUCCUACAUAAAGUAUUGAAACAGCUAGAAGAGUUGCUCAGUGACAUGAAAGCAGAUGUCACACGUCUUCCGGCGACCAUCGCCAGGAUACCGCCAGUCGCCCUGAGGCUGCAGAUGUCUGAAAGGAACAUUCUCAGCCGUUUGGCCAGCAGAGGACCAGACACACAGUCUCAGCAGGUCCAGCAGUAGUCUGCAGCAGACGCCAGUCCUCCGAGCGCCACACACCAUGUCUACAUUCCUGAUUGCACAUGAAAUCUCAUCUUAGCUUGAAUCCACACCCUUGUACUGUCCGCUCAACCCUGGGGGCUGUGGAUAUUCGAGCUGUUGUUGUUUUUUAUUAUUUUCUUAAUUAAUAUUGUUUACAUAAUAUCGUUGAUGAUGGUUUUUGGGACCUCAAUAAAAAUGUUCAAUAAAAA